AUGGAAAAAGCCAUAGAAUCAAGAGUUCGUCCUAGCGCAAGAUGGACCUCAUUCGAGGGCUGGAAUUAUAACGGCAUGAAAGAGCGCUUAGAGACAGCGCUCGCUAAUCUCAACAAGGAAGCCCUCCUGUCUCACGCCGAGACUAUAAAGGGCCAGAAGCUGUCGAUGAGCGAAAACUUCUCGGCAACUUCUCGGCAGGGCAAUACUGGGCUUGUUUCGAGAUGGUAG